UUGAGACGUGGUGGUGACUUCGAUGACCGCUGUUGUGUUGGUUGCACUGUUGGAUUUCAGGCUCAUAAAAAGCUAUAAAACACAAAAUGUUGACGGUGGGCUCGCAGACUGGCCAUCCAGUUUGUGUCGUUGAAGCCAUUCACAAAAAUGUGUGCAUGAAUCACCACAUUGUAAUUGCAACCAUGACAACGUCUUAAUCUCACGUCAUCCAAAACUGUCAAUUUCUUCAAGUUCAACUUCUACACACAACGUUACAAUUGAUCACAAUGACAAACCUGGCCACAUCAUCAUCUAAGACAUUCAUGUUCAUCACAUUGACAACAAUUCUGGUGGUGGGUGUACAUGUACUCUCCGUCAAACCCCCCGCCAAACCCAAAAAGCAAAUUGUUCAUAAGGCCAUCAAACUGCAUCGCGGAAAAGAGUCUGGAGCGAUGGAUGGCAACAAGUCCUCUUCUAAAGAGACAGACGUUUGGCUGAACAACAACUGCCAAGGUCUAGUUGCGCUCAAGAAGGCCAAGAAGUUGGUCAUGAAGAAGCUGGACGGAGCCAUUGGGGAAGUUCACAAAGACAAAAGCAUCAAGUUAUUAGAGAAGAAAUUCCGGAUCCACAUGUUUGACAUCUUUAAGAGAGAACUUAACGAGAGUGAAGAUGCAAUACAAAUGUCUUUCAAUGGUUUAAAGAGAGCAUUACAGGGUAACUACAGAGACAUCUUAAAUAUAAGGGAGAGCAGUCAUCAACGUCUUGAGGCUCUCCGUCAAGCAACGAUUAGAGAGGAGCUUGAGUACAAUGACAUCCUAGCAGCGGAGAGGCACCAGUUAGCUUACAAGGAGCACAAUAAUGCCUCUGUUUCAGUUCACCGCAGCAAGGUGGAAGCAAUGCUGGAUGAGAUCUUAUUGGAUGUGGCACAGGCAGCUGACCUACUGGAGAAUCAAAUAGGUGAAGAUGUGUUUGACCAGUCCAAACAGGCUGCUGGAGCACAGAUUGAAGCCGUGGUCCGCCUGGACGAAGACGUCGUCAAAUUACGGCGAGCGGUCGGUGCGAAUUCCGACAACCGUUAUCAAGGAAUGAGCCAUCUUAUUGAUGCUAGCAACAACCAGUACGUCUUAUCUAAACCCAAGGAUACUACAGUACCCCUGGAAGAUCACCACUUACUAAAGGAUAUUUUAUUGAUGACUAUUCUUGCAUUCAUCUGUGGCUGGUUGUGUUCAUCUAUCGGUCUACCUACAAUGUUUGGUUACACCGUAGCUGGGGUCAUACUAGGCUCAUCUGGGUUCAACAUGAUCAAAGCCCUCGUUCAGUUUGAAACAUUGGGUGAAUUUGGUGCCUUCUUUAUUCUAUUCACUGUUGGCUUGGAGUUCUCACCUGAGAAAAUUAAAAAGGUAUGGCGUGUUGCCGUGUUCGGCAGCAUCACUAUGACCGUUGUCAUGGUUGCAUUCGGCAUCUUCUUUGGAUUCGUCUUAGACAUCAUACCCAGCGAGAGUGCGUUUAUCGCGGCUUGUCUCUCUCUCUCGAGCACACCUCUAGUCGUCAAGUUCCUCAGUGUUGGACAUCCAAAAGCUGACAAAGAAAGCGCUAUCGAUGUGCCAGAGUUUGAAUACAGCUCAACUCUACUCGGCAUCCUAGUGAUGCAAGACGUGCAACUAGGUCUCCUGGUAGCGAUGCUGCCUGCCCUCGCUGGAGUGGACACUGCAGCAAUUGUGUCAAAGGUUGGAGAGAAGAAUGCUGCCGAUGCUGUCACGGAUCUGUUUAGUACUGUAGCCGUCUUGACUAAAGUGCUCGUUGCUAUUGUGUUUGUGGUGGUACUGAGCGUAGCCAUGUCACGCUACCUCUUGCCUCGUGUCGUUCAACGACUUCAUUCUAAGGGAAGCAAAGAGACGUUGAUCAUGGGCAGUGUAUCUUUGGCGUUCAUCAUGCUCAUGAUUACUGAAAUGCUGGGCAUCUCCAUGGAGUUGGGUUGUUUCUUAGCUGGCGUCAUCCUAAGUUCCAUGGGUCACUCCGUUGCCGAUGAGAUCAGAGAACUGAUUGAACCAAUCAGAGAUUUCUUCGCAGCUCUCUUCUUUGGUGCAAUCGGGCUGCAUGUUUUCCCAUCUUUCGUCUUGUAUGAGUUGACGUUUUUAACAACGCUCACGCUUAUAGUAGUCGUGAUGAAGUUUUCCACAGCGGUGUUUGUACUGGGUAUAUUCCUACCUCUCAGUACCCGUCACAUUAAGUGGAUUGUGGCAUCUGGACUGGCCCAGGUCAGUGAGUUCUCGUUUGUGCUCGGUAGUCGGGCCAGGCGGCUUGGUCUACUCUCCAGAGAGGUUUACCUGCUGAUACUAAGUGUAACAACAUUGAGUCUACUCCUCGCUCCUGUCUUAUGGCGGAUCUCACUAUGGAGAUGUAGACGAAUCCAACAUCGUCCCACUAUCAUCAGGUGACGUCAAUGGUCAGAAUAUUUGACUGCUGGACAAUCUGGUGUGCUGAAAGAACUGUGAUUAUCUCGAUGUGAUAUGAAUCUGUUCAGAAAAUAAGGUUAUUUUAAUUAUCUAUCUGUCUUUCUGCAGCUUGUUCUUUUUAAAUAAAAGUAUAUUUUUUGACGGCUGCUAUUUUCUAUCCUAAUGAAUAUCAUUCGGUUUUACCCAUACACCGAUGUGAGUGGAGCACUGUAUACUCAGUACUUUCCCGAGUCCAUUGAAAACAAUCA